AGUAGUUGAUAAAGAAGAUGAUUAAAGAAUGAAAAUAAAUAUAAUAUUUAGAAAAGACAAAGUCAAAGAAAGAUAUUGGUCAAAUGCAUUUAAGGAAGAUCUUGGUUUGGUCUUAGGAGUCAGAGUUGUGUAACUCAUGCUUUAACUCUUAAAAAAUUCUUAUUCUCAUUCUUAAAUUCUCUCUCUCUCUCUCUCCUUCUCUUAAUUAAAACUCAUUUAACAAAAUUCAUUCAUAAACCCAAUAAUUAAAACUCAAAACUGAUGAUCAUAAACUGAUUCUACUUGAAACCUCCUUCCCAACUCUCUCUUAAUUAAUCCCCACCUUACCCUUCUUCUCCAAAUCCCAUCUCUCUCUCUCUCUCUCUCUAAACCGCCAUGGGAGACCAAGAUGAGCUCUGCAACACCAGGCUUGGCCUUGCCUUAGGAUUUGGCGAUUAUGUUCCAAAAAAGAUGCAGAAAGCCAACAAACAGCCCAAGUUCUUGUCUGACCUCUCUUUCUCUCUCAUUCCAAGACAGGAAUCCGCCAUUAACAUGCAGCUUCAAGCUAAUGAACCCUCCAAGGAUUCCUCCUUUGGAAUUAGUAGAGAUCGGUCAUCCACUAAUUAUAAUUGCAACGCCAUUAGUGGUGGAUUAGAAAGAGAGAGAAAAAAGCUUAGGCUUUCCCAAGAACAGCUCACUUUGCUUGAAGAAACCUUCAAACUUCACACCACCUUGAAUCUGGCCCAGAAACUAGCACUUGCCCAGCAAUUAAACCUCAAAGCUCGACAAGUGGAAGUUUGGUUUCAAAACAGGCGUGCAAGGUCGAAAUUGAAACAAACAGAAGUAGAUUGCGAGUUCUUGAAGAAAUAUUGCGAAAGGCUGAAGGAAGAGAAUGGAAGGUUGAAGAAAGAGUUGCAGGAAUUAAGAUCCACAAAACUUGGAGCUUCACAAUUGUAUAUUCAGCUACCUAAGGCGGCGACGCUCACAAUUUGUCCCUCAUGCGACAAAACUACGAGGCCGGCCGCCGCCGUGGAGGCCCAUUCUCCGCCACAAUAAUUUUCUUUUUUUUAUUACAGAAAAAAAAGAAUUAAUUCAAUUCUCAAUAACAAUACAAUCUCUUUAGAUUAUUAGAAUUAAUCUAAUCUAUGUUAUGAAAAGAAAAAGAAGCAUU